AUGUCCACAGAGGCGUACCAAGCCUCGUUAGACCAUGGCACCCACUCAGCGGGGUUCUUUAACCCUGACAACCUUCAGGCUCGCAAACUUCGGGAACAAAUUGCUAUGGAAACUUUAGACGAGUCGCUUGAUUAUCUGUUGAACGAAGGGGGUUCUGUUGCAAUUUUCGAUGCGACCAACAGCACAAUUGAGCGAAGGAGAAAGAUCAUUGCGAGGGUACAAGAGAGGGGACGGUCAAAUUUGCAGGUAUUAUUCUUGGAAAGCCAGUGUUUUGAUGAAGCUCUUCUGCAAUCGAACAUGCUACUCAAGAUGUCGAACCCAGAUUACAGAGAUCAAGAUCCUGUCAAAGCCUUAGAAGAUUUUCGGAGACGUGUCGCAAUGUACCAAAAGAAAUACACCCCCGUAGGGAAUAUUGAAGAACGCCUAGGCGUCUCCUACUGCCAAAUGAUUGACGUUGGGAGGAAGUUCAUCACACACAAUAUCAAAAGUUUUCUGGCGACACAGGUUGUUGGCUAUCUCCAACACUUCAAUCUUGCUGGUCGUCAAGUCUGGCUCACACGGCACGGCGAAUCAAACGACAAUCUUUCUGGCAAAGUCAGCCACGAUCCUGGUCUCAGUCCACAUGGCGUCAAAUAUGCCGCUGCAUUAUCCCGGUUUAUUGACCAGGAACGGGACACAUGGAACCGGCAACAAAAGAGACUAGAAGAAGCUGGCGAUUCCUUGCGCCUAUCCGCAGAUAAAUCGCCAAAAAGGUUUCACCUGUGGACCUCCAUGACGCAGCGGAGUAUUCAGACCGCAAAAUUCUUUGACAGUGCACGAUAUCGAAUCGAGCAUAUGCGUAUGCUUGACGACUUGAGCGCCGGGAUACUUAGUGGACUUUCAGAUGCUGAGGUCAAGCAACGGGCCUCUGACACACAGCUGAACCAUACUUCAACAGGAUAUCCUGGUACUCGAUGCGAGGGGUAUAGUGAUGUGACAAAACGGCUUCGAUCUAUCAUCCUCGAGCUGGAGCGUGUGACAGGACACGUCCUAUUUAUCGGAGGAUCGGCUGUCAUUCGCGUUCUACUAGCCUACUGUAGAGGGAUGCAAAGCUAUGUUUCUGCGAACGUUGAUAUUCCACUGGGUACAGUGUAUCUGCUUGAGCCCAAACCCUAUGGUGCCGACUACAAGGAGUUUGAUUACAACCCGGAAACGGACUCCUUCCAUCAAAAGCGCGAUCGUGAAGGAUAA